UUAAGCCGCGUUGUUUCUACUUGCACAGUUUGUAGUCAAACCAGCCCAGUGAGCAUUAAUAAGUUAAACAUAUCCGUUUGUUUUGAAGCAGACAAAUCAGUGCAUCAUCAGUCACAUUACAUUAAAGGACUGAAACUUACCAACUGUGGAAAAAGGCGUCUGCUUUUGUGACGUAAUUUCCUUUUUCAAACCGGACUCGGUGUGGAUAAAGAUAGAAAGGAACGCGGCUACCGUAAUAUUUUCAUCGAUUGGAGUAUUCCUGCCUUGAUUCAAGCGCUACAAGUUGUUAUUGUGUAUCUUGGAGUAAAUAAUAUCUAAAAAUGGCUCUUGGAAGUUGUCAUACCUGUAUCAAAUAUCUGAUGUUUGCCUUCAACUUUUUGUUUUGGCUAUUGGGAUGUGCUAUACUUGGUGUAGGAAUAUGGUUAAGAGUUGAUCAGAAUGUAGGUAAAUACGUCAAUCAGUCCGAUGACAUAAAUGUAUUUUAUACCCUAGCCUAUGUGUUAAUAGCAGUGGGCAUCAUUAUAAUGAUCAUCGGAUUCCUCGGCUGCUGUGGUGCCAUUCGUGAAAGCCAGUGCAUGUUGGGAAUGUUCUUCGUAUGUUUGUUUAUAAUUUUCGCCAUCUUGUUGGGUGCUGGUAUCUUCGCUGUUGUUGCUAAAGAUAAUUUUAAAGACCUAACAGGAAAAAUGUUGGAAGAUGCUGUAGAUGGUUACUACACUGAUAAAACAGGACAAUCCAAAAAUUUCAUGGAUACUGUACAAACCAACCUGAAAUGCUGUGGAUCAUAUACUGGUGCUACCGAUUACGCCGUGACAGGUUCUAUUCCUGAUAGUUGUGCAGGACAUCUUUCCAUCCCCUGUUCUGGCAAGUUUAAUGAAUUCAUGUCAAGUAAUUUGAUGAUUGUGGCUGGUGUAGCUAUUGGUAUAGCUGUUGUUCUGAUUUUGGGAAUGAUCUUCUCAAUGGUUUUGUGUUGUGCUAUUCGUGAUGUGCAAGUGUGAAGAGUGUUGUCUUAGUAUGUGUUUACGUCAUCAAUCUAUGUGAAGAAACUUUUAAAACGUCAUACUGUAAAAAAUGGCCUUAGGUCUUGUAAAACCAUGAUUAGCUAUUAUUAUCAAUUCAAUUCUGUUUCCGGUUCUUCUAUUUACUUUCAUUCUUUCAAAAAAUGUUACAAAAUCUCUGUUAGAUUACACUAAGUUCUGAUUAUAUUCAAAGCGAUAUAAAUAUAAUUAACUGGCGGUUACUACCACUAUGUAUGUACGCCAGGAACCGAAAAUCUGCUGAUUUUUAUAAAUCUAUUAAUCUAUCACAAUAUCAUUGUGUAUUAUCAUCAAUCACAUCAUAUCAUACGGUUUAAAUUAGUUUCGAUUUUAUAGUCGUUUUCUUUUAUAAAUAUUAACAUCCUUUUAUAUAAGAAUCCGUGUGAGGUUUGUACAUCUUGAAUUUUUUGGUAUAAGUCAUUUUUUUUCUAAUUUUAGAAGACAAAAAAACAAUAACACAAUUUUAUCCAGUUUGUAUAUCGUCUUUGAAUUUAUUUUCAAAUUGAUGAGAUGCCUUUUUGUUUUAUUUUUUCUUAAAUCAAGACCUGCUGUAUAUUAUCUAAGCACCCUUAAUGUUUUCGCGUGAAUAACUGUAAAGAAAUGAAAAGAGCCUUUAGUAUUAGGCGUAUUAAUAUCGAACGGUUUUUCUUUUAGCCAAUGCUCAUUGUAAUAUGUUAAAUGUUAGUAUAUAAAUCUGUUUUAAAAGUUAAUAUUAUGUACUGUGUAUAUAUAUUAGUGACAAUUUAUAUCGAUAUAACCUUGUUUAUAUAUUAUGCUAAUGGGUUAUUCUAUGUCAAGUGGACCAGUGCUUAUAAAGUAACCCCCUCAGAAUAUUAUGAAAAAAAUAUAUGUUCUAGUACAUAUAGUACUGCAAAGUUAUAAAACUCUAGCAUAACUAUUGACUGAGAUGUGGCCUUUUGAAUAGGGGUACCCUUUCGCAAGUUUUGAAACUACAAUUCUAUAACUGAUUUUAUAUUUUCUAGAUAGACAAUAUUCUUGAAAUUAUGGUAAAUUCUUAAUCUAUAUAAUUUCAAGAAUAUUGUCUAUCUAGAAGAUAUAAAAUCAGUACACCAAAAUCGAGUUAUAGAAUAGUAGUUUCAAAACUUGCAAACGGGUACCCCUUUCAAAUAGUCACAUCUCAGUGAAUAUUAAUGCCAGAGUCAUAUAACUUUGCAGUUUUAUAUAAGUCUGUAUGUACUAUAACAUAAUUUUUCGUAAUUUUAUUACUCGUUUUGUUAAUUAUUACAUGGUCUAUACAACAGGGAUUGCCCAGAACUCUAAUGGUUGUUACUGAACACAAUAAGUUAACACGUAAUACACAUAUAGCUUAUGGUGACGUUUAUAACACCCCCCCCCCCCCCCAAAAAAAAAAACCAAAAAAAACAUGAAGAACCCAGUACUUGCAUUAGAAUUCUCCGGUUUUGCAUGGGAAUGACAAAAAUCAACAUUAGGGACGCCGAAUUAGUAAGUUAUUAUCAAUGUUCUUUCUGGUAAUUCUUAAUGCAUAAUCAUAGACUAUCGUCCGUGUGGUUUCCAACUUUGGUUGAAUAUGUUAAUUCAAAAGAGGCACGGUAGGAUUUGUUUUAUUUGUAUCGGCUAAUGACAUUUUGUAAAUUAAAUGGAAGUGUAAUAUUCUUUAAACCGUUGUUGAAAUUUAUAAGUCCAUGACUUAAUAUUCAUAUUAUCAAAAAUAUACCUAGGAACUGCAAUGAUACUUUUACCCACUAAUGUAAUAUUAAGGGUUCUAUUGGUUGGUGUUUACUGUUACUAUUUGUACACUAUAUUAUAUAUAUAUAUUUUUUUUAUUUACAAUGAUUUUAUCUAUACACACAUGUAACUACCUUAAAUAGGCUAUAAUUAUCAAUGUUAUAACUUUGUUCAUAGAUGGUAUGAUUCUCUGUUUAUAAAUACGUAGCAAAUCUCGUACCCAUGUACAAAAACAUAGAAAAGAACAACAUUUCUGAUUGUCGUGUAACAACUGGUACGGUUUGGGUCCAUUUUAUUUAGAACAAAGAAGUACAAAAUGUCUUCCAUCAUUGGACAUCAGAGAACAUCGCUUUUUAUAAAUAUUUAUGCACAAUAAAGUACCUAAUCCCACGAUAGAAAGAAGAAAGAGAUUGCUGUGCAGAGAGGUACAUAACAAACGCCAUGAUUGUGUGUUACGAGUUAAAACGGGCGGCCAUAUUGAACAAAUAUUUUUUACUAUUUUGCCGUACUUUGCAUAUUUUAGGCAAGCGAAGAUUUGAGUUAACAAAAUGUACCGUCCUAUUUUUAGAUUAAGACUUUUCUGUAAUUCUUAUCUUAAAAAAAACCUAGUAGUUUAUUCUAUACAAUACGUAGCUAAAUAGAUUUUGUAUGUAUUGACAUCAUUUUUAUACGUUUUUGAGAUGAAGAUGUAAUAUUAUACGUUAUUCCUUCACCUUGUUUUAUUUUUAAAUAGGAGUCUGUAUUAGCUUUAUAGUUUCCCUGUAGAGUAGACUCUAUCUACAUAGACACUUUUUAAACCAAUUCACUUGUCUUCAUCCUCUAACAAAAUGGCGCCUUGAUUUAAAAAUUCCAUUCAUGUUUCAAAAUAUAAUUAACCUUUGAUUUAGGUUGUCUAAGUACAAUUUUUGUAAAUUCAAAAAGUUUGAAAUUGUCAAGAGCACAUGCAAUGUUUCGAUAAGAAAUAAAUAUUUCUGAAUUUGAGUUGGUUUAAAGUUGUGAUAGAACUCAUAUUUGCUUUAUGUGGACAAUAUCAUCUCAUGUAAUGUCUAUUGCUACAUGUUUUCUAUGAAUAAACUGUUCUUUUAAAAUAA